GGUAGCCCGGGCGAUCUCCCGCUGCCAGCGCUGCCCGGGCUGUCCCUCCCCGCCGCCCCCCGCCCUCCACCUCCGCCUCCCCCCGCCCUCCGCCUCCUUUCCCCCUCCCCGCCCAGCAGCGGUCGCUCCGGCCCCGGCUCUCGGUUAUAAGAUGGCGGCGCUGAGCGGCGGCGGCGGCGGCGCGGAGCAGGGCCAGGCUCUGUUCAACGGGGACAUGGAGCCGGAGGCCGGCGCCGGCGCCGCGGCCUCUUCGGCUGCGGACCCCGCCAUUCCCGAGGAGGUAUGGAAUAUCAAACAAAUGAUUAAAUUGACACAGGAACAUAUAGAGGCCCUAUUGGACAAAUUUGGUGGGGAGCAUAAUCCACCAUCAAUAUAUCUGGAGGCCUAUGAAGAAUACACCAGCAAACUAGAUGCCCUCCAACAAAGAGAACAACAGUUAUUGGAAUCCCUGGGGAAUGGAACUGAUUUUUCUGUUUCUAGCUCUGCAUCAACGGACACCGUUACAUCUUCUUCCUCUUCUAGCCUUUCAGUGCUACCUUCAUCUCUUUCAGUUUUUCAAAAUCCUACAGAUGUGUCACGGAGCAACCCUAAGUCACCACAAAAACCUAUUGUUAGAGUCUUCCUGCCCAACAAACAGAGGACAGUGGUACCUGCAAGGUGUGGCGUUACAGUCCGGGACAGUCUAAAGAAAGCAUUGAUGAUGAGAGGUCUAAUCCCAGAGUGCUGUGCUGUUUACAGAAUUCAGGAUGGAGAGAAGAAACCAAUUGGCUGGGACACUGAUAUUUCCUGGCUUACUGGAGAGGAAUUGCAUGUAGAAGUGCUGGAGAAUGUUCCACUAACAACACACAACUUUGUUCGGAAAACUUUUUUCACCUUAGCAUUUUGUGACUUUUGUCGAAAGCUGCUUUUCCAGGGUUUCCGCUGUCAAACGUGUGGUUAUAAAUUUCACCAGCGUUGUAGUACAGAGGUUCCACUGAUGUGUGUUAAUUAUGACCAACUUGAUUUGCUGUUUGUCUCCAAGUUCUUUGAACACCACCCAGUAUCACAGGAGGAGGCCUCCUUAGCAGAGACUGCCCUUACGUCUGGAUCAUCCCCAUCUGCACCCCCCUCCGAUUCUAUUGGGCCCCAAAAUCUCACCAGUCCGUCUCCUUCAAAAUCCAUUCCAAUUCCACAGCCUUUCCGACCAGCAGAUGAAGAUCACCGAAAUCAGUUUGGACAACGAGACCGGUCCUCAUCAGCUCCAAACGUACAUAUAAACACAAUAGAACCUGUCAAUAUUGAUGACUUGAUUAGAGACCAAGGGUUUCGUAGUGAUGGAGCCCCUUUGAACCAGCUGAUGCGCUGUCUUCGGAAAUACCAAUCCCGGACUCCCAGUCCCCUCCUACAUUCUGUCCCCAGUGAAAUAGUGUUUGAUUUUGAGCCUGGCCCAGUGUUCAGAGGAUCAACCACAGGUUUGUCUGCCACACCACCUGCCUCAUUACCUGGCUCACUCACUAAUGUGAAGGCAUUACAGAAAUCUCCAGGACCUCAGCGGGAAAGGAAAUCAUCUUCAUCCUCAGAAGAUAGGAAUCGAAUGAAAACACUUGGUAGACGGGAUUCAAGUGACGAUUGGGAGAUUCCUGAUGGGCAGAUCACAGUGGGACAAAGGAUUGGAUCUGGGUCAUUUGGGACAGUAUACAAGGGAAAGUGGCAUGGUGAUGUGGCAGUGAAAAUGUUGAAUGUGACAGCGCCCACACCUCAGCAGUUACAGGCCUUCAAAAAUGAAGUAGGAGUACUCAGGAAAACUCGACAUGUGAAUAUCCUACUCUUCAUGGGCUAUUCAACAAAGCCACAGCUGGCUAUUGUUACCCAGUGGUGUGAGGGCUCCAGCUUAUAUCACCAUCUCCACAUCAUUGAGACCAAAUUCGAGAUGAUCAAGCUUAUAGAUAUUGCUCGGCAGACUGCACAGGGCAUGGAUUACUUACACGCCAAGUCAAUCAUCCACAGAGACCUCAAGAGUAAUAAUAUUUUUCUUCAUGAAGACCUCACAGUAAAAAUAGGUGAUUUUGGUCUAGCCACAGUGAAAUCUCGAUGGAGUGGGUCCCAUCAGUUUGAACAGCUGUCUGGAUCCAUUUUGUGGAUGGCACCAGAAGUAAUCAGAAUGCAAGAUAAAAACCCGUAUAGCUUUCAAUCAGAUGUAUAUGCAUUUGGGAUUGUUCUGUAUGAAUUGAUGACUGGACAGUUACCUUAUUCAAACAUCAACAACAGGGACCAGAUAAUUUUUAUGGUGGGAAGAGGAUAUCUAUCUCCAGAUCUCAGUAAGGUACGGAGUAACUGUCCAAAAGCCAUGAAGAGAUUAAUGGCAGAGUGCCUAAAAAAGAAAAGAGAUGAGAGACCACUCUUUCCCCAAAUUCUCGCCUCUAUUGAGCUGCUGGCCCGCUCAUUGCCAAAAAUUCACCGCAGUGCAUCAGAACCCUCCUUGAAUCGGGCUGGCUUCCAAACAGAGGAUUUUAGUCUAUAUGCUUGUGCUUCUCCAAAAACACCCAUCCAGGCAGGGGGAUAUGGAGAAUUUGCAGCCUUCAAGUAGCCACACCAUCACGGCAGCAUCUACUCUUAUUUCUUAAGUCUUGUGUUUGUACAAUUUGUUAACAUCAAAACACAGUUCUGUUCC